UGCUUGAGAGUAAUAUACAAUGUUGAACCUAUGCUGAUAUUCAAACUUCGGCCAAAGUUCGAGUCAAUUGGCACAACUUUUCCCCGAAAUUCCCAAAACCAAAGUUUUCGACAUAUUUAAUUUGGUUUUUGAAAAUCUCUAAAAAUUGAAAAAGAAAGCAAAAAUGACCGUUUGUUUUUUCAAUAUAUCUGGCGUCUGCUUUCCUCCAAUCUGUAUAUUACAUGCUAUGCAUGCCAUUUUAGCUGCAACAGGUUUUCCUCAGACCAGCUGGAGCUUGCAGUGAUUGCAGAGAUCAGUGAUGAAAAUUUCAAUAAUUCAUUGGAGGCUGAGCAGAUUCACUAGGCAGUGAGGCAAGUAAAAUUUAACAAUGUAAGGUUUAGAUUCGGUUUUUUCUUCUGGGCAGUUUCAGAAAUGCUUUGGAUUAUUAGCAACUUGAAGAGUAGAUCCAUAGAGGGUGUCUUCCUCGCCUUUCUCAUGACAUGGGUUGUAGGGCUAAAAGCCAAUCAGUGGAUCUUUCUGCACAAACUUACUGGGUUCCUGAUUCAAGUGCAUCACAAUAUCUCAAUUAUGGCGCUGGAGCAAGUGAGGUUGAGAUUGAUCUCCUUUCAGGAGCAACUACAAUCCUUCAGACAGAUAUCAUCUAUGACUGUGGAAGAAGCUUGAAUCCUGCUGUGGACCUUGGACAGUUUUCUGGAAAGGUGGGCUAUGGGUAUUGGUACAGGGAGCGGAUUGUAAUAAAAAUUAGGAUACGUGGACAAAUGAAUAAGGCAGAUCAAGUUGACGUUUCAGAUUCUUCUUUGAGUUCGGUUUUUUAUAUUCCAAGACCACGUUGUCAAGUUGACAUUACCAAAAUCUCGCUUCAUUUAAUUGCAGCUGGUUGUGCACGUAGUCCUCGUCCCUCGCGUCAUACAAACAUGGACACUAUAUAAUAUUAUUGUUUGUUUUUUUUCAAUUACGCGUAAUUUUUAACUAAUAUUAGAAUUGUUUUCUAAGUAUUACAUUGAGAUUCUCAAAAUCACAAUCAUAUUGAGUAUUUUUAUUUCCCUUGAA